CGGAUUACAAAGUUUAAAAAAAAAGGAGAACCAGAAAACGCUACAUACGGGUGUCGGACGCAUUCUCCCAAUCUCCCACAUUUGAUAAACCCUAAUCCUUCCCGCGACAAAGAAUCCUAGCAUCGUUCACCGCCGUCGCAACCGCCGCCGUCCUGGUCGCCGCCUCCGCCGUUCUGGACCGCUGCGGCCUUCUGGAGCAUUCGUGAUCAACGAGAUGAUUUCAUUUGAAUGAAGGAGGAACCAGGUUACCCAUUUUGAAGGAAAAAGAGUCAUGGAGAAUGGGGAAGGCAAUUUAGAAAGUAGAUUUGCGGGGUUGACGGUAAACGACCCCUACAGUAUCAAUGGCAAUGAUGGGUUAUUUCAGGUUAUGAAAGCAGUCGAAGCUGCUGAAGCCACCAUUAAACAGCAGGUGGAAGAGAAUAAUCGUUUGAGAUCUGAGCUUCAGAAAAAAAAUGACGAACUUGAGAACUAUAAAUCGGGUUAUGCAAAAUAUCAAAAUUAUCAGUCAGGUGGAUCGGCCGACCAUUUUAAUGUGCCAAGUAGAGCUGAUCAACUAGUUCUACAAUUAGAAAAUCAACUGGCAGGGCGAAAUGUGGUCAUCAAUUCGGGAAAUGUUAUGCCAAAUUCCGUUCUUCAAUCAGAUCUUAGCAGAAGUAAUAGGGAUCACGUGAUGCAAAUGCACGCUGAGAACCAAUUUGAUAACAAUAUGAAUGGACCAUUGAACAUGAUUCAUGGUGAUCAUGCUGCGUCAGAAAACUCUGGUGUAGCUCAGAUUAUGUCACCAUCUAUGACAUCUACCCCUAACAGGAACCAGCAAGAAGGCAAUCUGGAUUCAGAGUUAAGAUAUUCUGGAAGGGAUUUGGUUUCUGUUUCUGAUGUUAAUAAUAAUACUGGUUCUUCAAAGCAGGAUAUAGUAGUAAAGAUUCAGGAACAUGGAGAGGAGAUUUCACAAUUAAGAAAGCAUCUCGCAGACUUUUCAAUGAAGGAAUCACAAAUUCGCAAUGAGAAAUUUGCCCUGGAGAAGCGUAUAUCUUAUAUGCGUCUGGCCUUUGAUCAGCAACAGCAGGAUCUCAUUCUUGCUGCCUCUAAAGCAAUUUCGUACAGACAAGACAUAAUGGAGGAGAAUGUUCGUCUUACAUAUGCAUUACAGGCCUCACAACAAGAAAGAUCAACAUUUGUGACUUCGCUGAUGCCUCUUCUUGUGGAGUAUUCUCUUCAGCCUCCUGUUGCAGAUGCACAGUCCAUUGUCAGUAAUGUCAAGGUUUUGUUUAGACAUUUACAAGAACAGCUUCUUGUGACUGAGGGAAAGCUGAAAGAGUCGGAGUAUCAGCUUGCACCUUGGCGUUCUGAAAUAAAUUCAUCCAAUUUCACUCAGUCACCUGUUUAUCCUAAUGAGAUAAAGAAGGGAUUGGAACUGGUUCCUCAACAAACAUAUUCUGAUGGAAAGAUGCAAUCUUCAGAUUCUCAGUCUGCAAUGGUUGGAGAUAUUUUGGGUCUUCCUCAAAGUGGGCUGGAGAACUUGAAGAAUUCAGAGCACGAGUUGGGGAGGCAUCUAUCUCUUGGAAGCAGGAACACAGCAUUCCGUGAAGUACCUCCCCAGCUUGCAUACAGCCAGGUGGAUCUGCAAAAUGUUCGAAAUAAUGAUGCUACAGUCAGUAAAAAAGUCACAUUUGGUGACCUUGUUAGAAGUAGUGAGUUUGAGGAACCUGAAAAUAGAGGAAUGCUGAGUGAUAGAGAGCACUCAGCUAAUUGGAAUUCCAACACUGCAGCUACGACUGAUGAUCCCAACUCGUCCUUUUCUCCUUUUCUACCACCGGUUCUUGAGGAACCCUCAUCCUCAUUCUCUGAGGCUGCAGAUGAUGAUCCACUACCGGCAAUAGAUGGUCUGCAGAUUUCAGGUGAAGCUUUUCCUGGUCAGCAACUACAAGCAUGCGGAUACUCCAUUAAUGGAACAACCAGUUGUAAUUUUGAGUGGGUGCGGCAUUUGGAAGAUGGAUCUUUUCGUUAUGUUGACGGAGCAAAACAACCGAAUUAUCUUGUUACUGCAGAUGAUGUUGAUACUUGUCUGGCCAUUGAAGUACAGCCAUUAGAUGAUAGAAAACGGAAGGGUGAACUUGUGAAGGUCUUUGCGAAUGAGCACAGGAAAAUUACUUGUGAUACUGAAAUGCAAAGGUGCAUUGAGAGGAACCUUUAUACCGGUCAUGCUUCUUACAAGCUAUCCCUGGCGACUGGAUAUCUUGAUAUAUGGGAGCCAGCUACAUUGACGAUUAAAAGGGACGGUUACAGCAUAAAAUGUAGUGGUCCCAGCGGUGUAGUCACUGAGAAGUUUUCAUCAUCUACAAUUGUCUCUAUUCCAUAUGGAAGUCCAACAGAGUUCUCUAUAGGUGAUUCUCAUGGUGCUGAACGCAUCUUGAGAGUUGACAGUAGCUUGGCAGAUAUAAGUGGCUCAAGAGACACUAUUGUUCUCACCUUCAGGUUAUUCAUCUUAAAGGCUGGUGAGAAGAAGAGGAAGAAGAGAAGCCUUUUCUUUAACAAGUAGACAUUUGUAUAAAUCCAAUUCUAUUGUGCAUAUGUCAAUUUUUUUUGCCUGUGCUGAUCCGAAUGAUAUAGAACUUGAUUCGUUUAGAUAUAGGGAAUGUUCUACUUUCUUGAUGUAGAUUUCUUGACAUUUGUAUAGAGCUCGACUUCAGAUUUUA